UGCGGGGUGAUCUCGGAGCCCCUUGGUGGACACGGCAGCCCGCGUGUCCGUGUAUGUGUUCGUGUCCAUGCUCGUGCCCCCUGUGUGUCGAUGCCAUGUGUACCCGGGGCCCAGUUCCUCAUGCACACAUGUGCAGCCAGCCGUGUGCAAGCUUGUUCUGUCUCAUCGUGCCUCUGUCUGGUUCCUGCCUAGGAGACUGCUGGGCCGGCCACUGGUCAUACUGGUACAUGUCACCUCCGACCCUGAACAUGCAUGUCUCUCUCUGGCGGGGGCUCACCUCCAGUCAGUCUCCUGUGUGUAGGGAUGUGUGGCUGCAUGAGCAGGAUUUUCCCUGUCCCUGGUGGCAGGUGUGUGUCUUUGCAUGUGUUCCAUCAUUGGCCUGGGUAUCUGUGUCAAUCCCAGCACGGGUGUCCAGGGUGUGUCUGGAUGUGGGUGGUGUGCAAGUGGGGGAAGGGAGUGAGUGUGUGUGAGUGGGCUUCUUGGCAUCCUACUAUGUACGAAACACCUUUGAGCUAGGCAGGUGUGAGCCCCUGGUGUGUCUAGGAGUGGGGAUUGAAAAGCUGAAAAAGAAAGGAGUGGGGAGAAAGUGGAAAAGUGGGGAGAAGGGAGGUGAAGAGAAUGAGAGAGGCUUGGCUAAGAGGGAAAGAAUGGCUGGAGAAAGGGAAUGUGGGAGAUAUUGGAGCCAGAUUGAGGAGAAAAGAGGAUAAGAAAGCUUAAGAUGGGGAACUGGAUGGAGGGAGAAGGGGUCUGGGAGCUGGGGAGGAGGGGCAGGAGGAGGAAAGAGGCCUUUUGGUAAAGCUAUCUCUUGAGAGAAGAAAGGGGCAAGAUGAGAGAGAGGACACCGGUUCGUGUAGGUUGUAUAGGAUCAGGCUUGGUUGGAUGAGAGAUGGCCACUCAGGCAUAGAGGCUGGCUCACAGUGAGGCCUGUCACUGCAGGUGCUGUCAUUAGAGCUUCCUGUCCCCUGCACAGUUUUGCCCCCCAUUUCGCUGCUCUGUCCAGCUCUGUUCCUCAUCCUGCUCUGGCAACCUUUCUCCUUGGCUCCCCUCAAGAGUUGCCAGCUGGGUAGGACAAGGAAGAAAGGCCAAAGGGAAGGUUAGGGAUGUGGGACAUUGGAGGGCAGGGAGAGAUUCUGUGGGUGAUGGCAAGAUUAGAGAGAUUGGAGAGGCGGGAGUCCAAGCCCUCGCUGUGUAUGUGUGAGAGUGCAAUUGUGUGUGUACACAGGGUGUGUACAUGUGUGGGUGUGUGCACAAUGCCUGUGUUACGGGUGUGUGUAGGUGGCUGUUAUGUGUGUGCAUGCGUGUAUACAUCGUGCAGGGAUGGGACCUGGAGACCCAGGAUCGCAGUGUACACUUACCAGGUUUGCUCUGUGUGUGUACACCCGUAUGUGCUGUGUUUCCUGUACAUGUCAUUGCAUGCAGCAUUAAUAGCAGAAUGUCCUGUGUUUCUGUCACUUUGUUUCAUUUUUCUUUGUGGUUUUCUUUCUUGCGGUAGUGAAAGUCUUUGUAAGCGUAUGCGUACGUGGUUUUCCCCGUACCUGUGACUUAUGUGUGAGUUCAUAGAUCUCAGCUCCUGAUAAUAUGCAUGAGGUGAUAUUACUUCCAAGAACCAAGAGAACCAAUUAGCAAAUUUGUUCUCUGCCUGUCAAUUCUUUAGUUCCAAAGCAAAAUUUUAGUGGAUUUCAAGUUAGUCUUUGUGCCUUAUUAAAGGAGCCUGCAUAUGAAAGUAGUGGCUGAGUUUGGUUCCUUGGAAUGGAAGUGAGGCAGCCAUACCUGAGAAAUGCAGAGACUAGGAAAAAGAUACCCUUGGAUGCAUUGUUGAGUGUGCCCUCAGAAGGAUAAAUAAUGCGUUUGCUCCUUGUUUUUGUUUAUUGUGAGAGCAAUCACUGAUGCCUGUGUUGGAGUCAGGGAAGGCUGGGGGAGAAGAAGGGGUUGUCCUGAGACAGAGUGGAUGUGGUCAUACUUCCCAUGUGAAUGAAGGAUGUUUUUUUGCUUUUGGGGUACCAGGAUACCUUGCUGUGGUUGGGAUCAUGGUAUACUCAAGCAUGUAUCUUAGAGGUUAAACUGACUUCCGUGUGUGUGUGUGUGUGUGUGUGUGUGUGUGUGUAUGUGUGUGUGUGUGUGUGUGAGGGUUAAAUGUCUAAUUUUGUAAUGUGCUGCCCACAUGAUUCCCAAGGGACUGGGGCCACAGGUCCACACCAGCAGCUCUCAUGUGGGUGUCUGGGUCCAAAUGUGUACUCCCCUGUUGCAGUGUUCACAUAUGUCUAAGCAUGUAUCCCGUGGGGUAUGUGGGUCCCAAGGUCUCAGAACGUGGAUCUGUGGCACCCCUGUGCUCACAGUUGUGUGUAUGUCUCAUAAGCACCUAGAUCCCUAUUUUUUGUAUUGUGGUUAUAUACACGUACCCACACAGCUCAGUGUAUGUUUCUGUCCUCUACACACGUUCCCAAGGGUCUGACAAGGGUUCCGUGUCAUGGUGUCCGCAUUUUUGUGGGCAGACUUUCUAACACCUGGGCUUUGGAGGCAAAGGGAAACUGAAGACUGAUUCUAGGGUAGAUUGCUGGUGAUUUGCAAUUCUGGAAGCAGACAGUGAAAUGUAGCUGUGGCCCUCCCUUGUUCUGGAACCUAGAGGGUUAACAGGCAGCUCUUCCGGUCCCCCCCCCUCCAGCCUGUAGCUUCUUGUUGCCGUGGAGAUGAUAGCCCCGCCCCUGAUGCAGCACCUGCCCCCCCAUUGGCUGCAGUGGUGACUGUGGGGCUGAGGGGGGAGCCCAGGCCUGGGCAGCCAUUCUGGAGCUGGAGCCGGAGCUUGGCAUCCCCCCACUUUCAUUCUCCUCUAGCCCCUUGGCCCCUCUAAAUUCCCUGGCAGCAGAGCCCCAGCUUCCUUCCUCUGAGCUGCCACCCCUCUAGACUCGUGGCAGUCCGAGCUUCAUCCGCAUUCUCUUCCCCUCCUCCUCUUCUCCCUACCCUCACUUGGGAGUCCCCUGAACCUCCACUGCUCAUCCUCCCCACUCCCUGCCCACUCCCCUGCAUUCUUCUCUUUUCCUCUUCCCCACCCCCCUUCCCUCCUGAGUCCCUGCCACUGCAGUGCACGUGGAACCUGCCCUUCUCCCCUCCCCCUCCCAUCUGCCCCUUCCUUGAAUUUUCUGUCCCCAAGCUUCUUCCCCUGCCACUCCUCACAGGUCGCUUCUAAGACUCCCCCCUCCAGACCAGGGAGGGGGUCAUGGGAGGCAGCCCUGGCUGUCCAGACAGACAGGGGUUCCAGGAGAGGGGGGCAGGUGGAAGAUGUGCCCAGCUGAGGGGAGAGGAAAGCCUGCCUAUGGGCAAUGACCUUUAACCCAACUGCCCCCCCCAGCUAGCCCCUUCCUGGGGGGGUGGGCACCAAGGACCUAGCUUCUGUGGAUCUUUGGUGUCCUUUUAUCACUGGGGUUUUACUGACCCUCUCAGCCAUGCCCUUCUGCUGACUGCCAGUCCCAGUCAUGGGCCUAAGGCCUCCCACCCCAUCCCCCUCGGGGGGCUCCGGCUCGGGUUCUUUACCCCCUCCUUCCCGCCGUCAGCCUCUCAGCCGCCGCUGCUCUUCCUGCUGCUUUCCGGGGGGUAGAAUACCACUUGGGUCGCUCGAGGAGGAAGAGCGUCCCAGGGGGGAAGCAGUACAGCAUGGAGGCCGCCCCCGCUGCGCCCUUCCGGCCCUCGCAAGGCUUCCUGAGCCGGAGGCUAAAAAGCUCCAUCAAACGCACGAAGUCACAACCCAAACUUGACCGGACCAGCAGCUUUCGCCAGAUCCUGCCUCGCUUCCGAAGUGCUGACCAUGACCGGGCCCGGCUGAUGCAGAGCUUCAAGGAGUCACACUCGCACGAGUCUUUGCUGAGCCCUAGCAGUGCGGCCGAGGCCUUGGAGCUCAACUUGGAUGAAGAUUCCAUUAUCAAGCCAGUGCAUAGCUCCAUCCUGGGCCAGGAGUUCUGUUUUGAGGUAACAACGUCUUCAGGGACAAAAUGUUUUGCCUGUCGUUCUGCCGCCGAGAGGGACAAAUGGAUCGAGAACCUACAACGGGCAGUAAAACCCAACAAGGACAACAGCCGACGGGUGGACAAUGUGUUGAAGCUGUGGAUCAUAGAGGCUCGGGAGCUACCCCCCAAGAAGCGGUACUACUGCGAGCUCUGCCUGGAUGAUAUGCUGUAUGCCCGCACCACCUCCAAGCCCCGGUCGGCCUCGGGGGACACCGUCUUCUGGGGCGAGCACUUUGAGUUUAACAACCUACCGGCUGUCCGCGCCCUGCGGCUACAUCUGUACCGUGACUCAGACAAAAAGCGCAAGAAGGACAAGGCGGGCUACGUUGGCCUGGUGACUGUGCCCGUGGCCACCCUAGCUGGGCGCCACUUCACAGAGCAGUGGUACCCCGUGACCCUGCCGACAGGCAGUGGGGGCUCCGGGGGCAUGGGGGGUUCAGGAGGGGGCGGGGGCUCAGGGAGCGGCUCAGGGGGCAAGGGCAAAGGAGGCUGCCCAGCUGUGCGGCUGAAAGCACGCUACCAGACGAUGAGUAUCCUGCCCAUGGAGCUGUAUAAGGAGUUUGCAGAGUACGUCACCAACCACUACCGGAUGCUGUGUGCCGUAUUGGAGCCCGCCCUGAAUGUCAAGGGCAAGGAGGAGGUUGCCAGUGCACUGGUUCACAUUCUGCAGAGUACGGGCAAGGCCAAGGACUUCCUUUCAGACAUGGCCAUGUCCGAGGUAGACCGGUUCAUGGAACGGGAGCACCUCAUAUUCCGCGAGAACACGCUCGCCACUAAAGCCAUAGAAGAGUACAUGAGACUGAUUGGUCAGAAAUACCUCAAGGAUGCCAUCGGGGAAUUCAUCCGUGCUCUGUAUGAGUCGGAGGAGAACUGCGAGGUGGACCCUAUCAAGUGCACGGCGUCCAGCCUGGCAGAGCACCAGGCCAACCUGCGGAUGUGCUGUGAGUUGGCCCUGUGCAAGGUGGUCAACUCCCACUGCGUGUUCCCGAGGGAGCUGAAGGAGGUGUUUGCAUCUUGGCGGCUGCGCUGCGCAGAGCGGGGCCGGGAGGACAUCGCUGACAGGCUGAUCAGCGCCUCGCUCUUCUUGCGCUUCCUCUGCCCAGCCAUUAUGUCGCCCAGUCUCUUUGGGCUCAUGCAGGAGUACCCAGAUGAGCAGACCUCACGAACCCUAACCCUCAUUGCCAAGGUCAUCCAGAACCUGGCCAACUUUUCCAAGUUUACCUCAAAGGAGGACUUUCUGGGAUUCAUGAAUGAGUUUCUGGAGCUGGAGUGGGGUUCCAUGCAGCAGUUCCUGUAUGAGAUCUCCAACCUGGACACGCUGACCAACAGCAGUAGCUUUGAGGGUUACAUCGACUUGGGCCGAGAGCUCUCCACACUGCAUGCCCUGCUCUGGGAGGUGCUGCCCCAGCUCAGUAAGGAAGCCCUUCUGAAGCUGGGCCCACUGCCCCGGCUCCUCAAUGACAUCAGCACAGCUCUGAGGAACCCCAACAUCCAAAGGCAGCCAAGCCGUCAGAGUGAGCGGCCCCGGCCUCAGCCUGUGGUGCUGCGAGGCCCAUCGGCUGAGAUGCAGGGCUACAUGAUGCGGGACCUCAACAGCUCCAUCGACCUUCAGUCCUUCAUGGCUCGAGGCCUCAACAGCUCUAUGGACAUGGCUCGCCUCCCUUCCCCAACCAAGGAGAAGCCACCCCCACCGCCCCCUGGUGGGGGGAAAGACCUGUUCUAUGUAAGCCGUCCACCGCUGGCCCGUUCCUCGCCGGCAUACUGCACGAGCAGCUCGGACAUCACAGAGCCAGAGCAGAAGAUGCUGAGUGUCAACAAGAGUGUCUCCAUGCUGGAUUUGCAGGGUGACGGGCCCGGCGGCCGUCUCAACAGCAGCAGUGUGUCCAACCUGGCGGCCGUUGGGGACCUGCUGCACUCGAGCCAGGCUUCCCUGACAGCGGCCUUAGGGCUGCGGCCUGCGCCCGCUGGACGCCUCUCCCAGGGGAGUGGCUCGUCCAUUACAGCGGCUGGCAUGCGCCUCAGCCAGAUGGGUGUCACCACGGACGGUGUCCCUGCCCAGCAACUGCGUAUCCCCCUCUCCUUUCAGAACCCUCUCUUCCACAUGGCUGCUGAUGGGCCAGGCCCCCCAGGGGGCCACGGAGGGGGUGGUGGCCAUGCCCCUCCCUCCUCCCAUCACCACCAUCACCACCAUCACCACCACCGAGGUGGAGAGCCCCCCGGGGACACCUUUGCCCCGUUCCAUGGCUAUAGCAAGAGCGAGGACCUCUCCUCAGGGGUCCCCAAGCCCCCCGCCGCUUCCAUCCUUCACAGCCACAGCUACAGUGAUGAGUUUGGACCCUCUGGCACCGACUUCACCCGUCGGCAGCUCUCACUCCAGGACAACCUGCAGCACAUGCUGUCCCCUCCCCAGAUCACUAUUGGUCCCCAGAGGCCCGCCCCCUCAGGGCCCGGAGGUGGGAGCGGUGGUGGGGGCAGUGGUGGGGGUGGCGGGGGCCAGCCGCCUCCAUUGCAGAGGGGCAAGUCUCAGCAGUUGACGGUCAGCGCUGCCCAGAAACCCCGGCCAUCCAGUGGGAAUCUGUUGCAGUCACCGGAGCCGAGUUACGGCCCUGCCCGUCCGCGGCAACAAAGCCUCAGCAAAGAGGGCAGCAUUGGGGGCAGCGGGGGCAGCGGUGGCGGAGGGGGUGGGGGGCUCAAGCCCUCCAUCACCAAGCAGCAUUCUCAGGCGCCAUCCACGCUGAACCCCACAAUGCCAGCCUCCGAGCGAACGGUGGCCUGGGUCUCCAACAUGCCUCACCUGUCAGCUGACAUCGAGAGUGCCCACAUCGAGCGAGAAGAGUACAAGCUCAAGGAGUACUCUAAGUCGAUGGAUGAGAGCCGGCUGGACAGGGUGAAGGAGUAUGAGGAGGAGAUCCACUCACUGAAGGAGCGGCUGCACAUGUCCAACCGGAAGCUAGAAGAGUAUGAGCGGAGGCUGCUGUCCCAGGAAGAGCAGACCAGCAAAAUCUUGAUGCAGUAUCAGGCCAGACUGGAGCAGAGCGAGAAGAGGCUAAGGCAGCAGCAGGUGGAGAAGGAUUCGCAGAUCAAGAGCAUCAUUGGCAGGCUGAUGCUGGUGGAGGAGGAGCUGCGCCGGGACCACCCCGCCAUGCCUGAGCCGCUGCCCGAACCCAAGAAGAGGCUGCUCGACGCUCAGGUGGAGAGGCAGCUUCCCCCCUUGGGUCCAACAAACCCGCGUGUGACGCUGGCCCCACCUUGGAACGGCCUGGCCCCCCCAGCACCGCCCCCCCCACCCCGGCUGCAGAUCACCGAGAACGGCGAGUUCCGAAACACCGCAGACCACUAGCCCACCCAGCAUCACAGACCUUCUUCUCCUUCCCCAUGCACCCCACCCUGGAACAGCACCCACCACCAGGACUGGAUAUCGCCGAGGGACAGCGGGAUUGCCUCCCUGAAUGCCUCCUUGGGGGGCAUCAAUCCCCCACCCCCACCGCACCAUUUCCAGGGGGGAGAGUGGGGACCCUUAGCUGUCCCCUUUUCCUUCCUGUUGGGGUGCUGCCCCCUGUGACCCCCAGGGACCCUUGCCCCAGGACACCACCUACCCCAUACAGACCCCUUCACUCCGGGGUGCUAUCCCCAUCCUCUGCCUCAUCGUUCCCCUGAGCACUGGGGGACAGACCCUCGCCCCCACCCUGGGGGUGUGGCACCUCCAAACUUUCAACUUCAGGGUGAUUUUUUAGCAGUAACCAGAGCUGACAAUCUAACUCCCCUCCACCGCCCCAUUUUGGCCUCCCCUGUCCCCCUUGUUAUGGGGAGGGGACCCCAGGUGAGGGGGCCCUAUUACCCCUUGAUUUCUCAGGAGCGUCUGGGGGGGCUCAGCACGCACAAACUCCUUCUCCUCCUACUACUCUUAAAUUUACUCCCUCCCCACCCAGAACCCAGAUGGGGUGGAGGGGCCACCGGGGCAGGGAGGGGGCGGCAAGGGGGGAAUGGGAGUCAUCUCCCCUUCCUCCCACACCUGAUCUGCUCUUGGCUGGUCCCAGAGCGGGGUGAGGGGGCUUAUGCCCCCCCCUCCCCCAGUGUGUUGGGUGGGGUGGAAUUGAGGUUAGGGUGAGGGGUUAGGGUCUAGGAGGAUGUGUAUGUUAGGGAGGACAGACUAGUUGAUCUGUCCUACCCUGACACACACAGCCCCCCUUGUCCCUCCCCCUCUCUCUUCUUGGUCUCUACUCCCAGGGGGAGGGGGGAACUUACUCUAGGAAAAGCCAUGUCUCUCUCCCCCAGGGUGGGGGGACCUGUGUUGGAGGAGGGGUGUUGGGGGCCCCCUUCCAUGACUCUGUCCCCCCCCCGGGGGAGGUAGGACAGGGCUGGGCUUCCCUCUCAUCCUCCCCCCUCCCCAAUCUCCCUCCACCUCCCUCCCUCCCGCCAGCUCCACAAUUUUUCGGUGUUUCUCUGUACAUAGCUCUCUGGCGGGAUAGGGGAGGUAGGAUGGAUGGGGUUUAGGGUGGGUAGGUCAUGGGAGGGGAGAAGCCCCUCCUUGGCACCCCCUCUUCCCUGACUGCUGUCCCCUACCCAGCCUUGCCCCCUCAUCCCUUCUUGCGUUUGGUAUUGAGACUCUUUCCAGACUUCACCCUUCUUUCUUUUGUAUGGACAGUUCCCCUUCAGUCCCAUCCCCCUACACACAUACACCCAGCCGGGGCCAAAUUUAUACUUAUAUAAAAGUUGUAAAUAUGUGAAAUUUUAUCCCUGUGCCCUCUCCUUGCUUUCCCAACCUCAGACCCUACCCCUGGAUCCUCUUUCCUCUUCUCUUUGGCUGUUGUAAUUAUCUGGGGUUUGUACUGUACAUAUCGGGGGUGUGUGUGUGUGGGCUGGGGGCAACCCCUCUGUACAGAGCUUCCUGGCCCCCUCCCCCCCCACGCGUCCCUCCCCCUCCACCACCCUAAGGGUAGGGAGAUGCUCUUCCUACUUGUUUUAUUUUGUUUUCUCGUUCUCCCUCCCCACCCUGUCCCACCCCACUCCCAGCCUUCUCUGUCCUUCACCACUAUCCCUUUUUCUCCACUCCCAGCCCCAUUUCCUUUUUUUCUGGAGUGUGUGGUGAAACAGAAAAAUCAUGUUUAAUAAACGGAGAUUGUUCUUUUA